AUGGGCUCACAUUUUUCAAAAGCAGUUGGACUAUCUAAUUUGAUGCUCACAAUAGUCAAGUUAGGGACGUACAACUGGAGUGAUCCCACGCGAUACGGGGACAAACUAAAGUUUAAGACCCAACAAGAAACCGGUGACACAGCAGGCAGCACAUCCUCUGAGCCCCGACUCGUCCUUCCUCCUGGUGCUAAGGGCAGUGGGUGCUGGCUCCCCACAGGCCAGGAAGGUGGACGCAAGCCCCUGCCCGCUGGGCUGGAGGAGGACGGCCUGCAGCAGAGGUCACCCCCCCGCCCUCAGGAUGUCCCGAGUGAGGAGCUCCCCACGCCCUGUGCUGUCUCUGGGGAGAAGAAACCAUCAGCGGCCCCUGGAGAGCUAACCAGGUUGGAGGCGGAGAGGGCGUGCCCGCCCCGCGGCUCAGGCGCUCGCCACAAAGAUAGAACUCUGGGCCUGCCAAGACCCCAGCUUCAGGGGGAGGGCUGUUCCCUUCCCAGGAGAGAGGCCAAGCCAGGGAAGAGGUCCCUCUCUCCGGGCUCCGGGAAGCAGAAAAGGCCUAUUGCCGUGGAUCCCGCCUCAACACCAUCUCCCAACGUCACUAGCUCCCCCCAUGCCACACAAAACCCAGUGCCUUGUGGGUCAGGCCGGGGGCCCUGCCACCUGGCCAACCUCCUCAGCACUUUGGCCCAGAGCAGCCAAAACACAGACAAGAGGCCCCUGGAAGCGACCGGCCAAGUUCGGAAAAAGACUCGAACCCUAUACCGCUCAGACCAGCUGGAGGAACUGGAAAGGGUGUUCCAAGAGGACCACUACCCUGACAGCGAUAAGCGCCGGGAGAUCGCCCAGACCGUGGGGGUCACCCCCCAGCGCAUCAUGGUAACGGAGGCUGGCCGAUGCCGGGGGUGCAGGAGAGCGGGCCAGGCCUUUUCUACCCCAUUUCUCAAGCUCCUCAAGUGUCUCUCCCUCCAGGUGUGGUUCCAGAAUCGCCGCGCAAAGUGGCGCAAAGUGGAAAAGCUGAAUGGGAAGGACAAGGACAGCCCUGCAGGCCCUGCCCCCACCCCUGGCAGCAGUCAGUGCAGCUCCGCAGCUCAGCUGCCACCUACUGUGCCCAUGGACCCAGAGCCUGGCACCCUCCCUCAGGAGGCCCGUCUGGACGUUCUUCCAGAGCCCCCCAUGCUGCUGACAUCUGACCAGACUCUGGCCCCAGCCCAACAGAGUGAGGGUGCUCAUGGGGUGGCAGUGACCCCACCACUCUUCAGCCCCCCUCCUGUUCGAAGAGCCAACCCUCCUUUUCCCCUGGGCCCCGCCCACCCCCCACAACUGAUGCCUCUGCUGCUGGACAGUCUCGGCGGUGACAGCAGCCACAAGGAUGGUCCCUGCGGGUCCUGGGGGACAAGUGUCACACCACCCCCCACCUGUGCAUACUUGGAAGAGCUGGAACCCCAGGAUUACCACGCAGGCAACCAGCAAGGCCUGUUCCACCUCUCCCAGGCCCCCCAGAGCCAGCUUUUCCAGCACCCGCAGCCCCAGCUCCCCUAUCUGCCCCCCUUCCCCGUGCCCAGCUCACUGACCCCCCCACUGCCAGAGGACUCGCUGUUCCCACUGCCUUACGGCCCCAGCGGGGGUGCACCACAGGGCUACUUCCCAGGCCCCUCGUCGGGGCAGAUCCUGCUCCAGCCACCUGCUGGGAACAUGGGAACAGUCCCCUGGAAUGACCCCUACCUGCCAGACCUGCCCUUCCCUGGUCCCUUCUGUCCGCAAGCUCUGGGCGCCCCCGCAGGCGGGGAUGGUUACUUUCCCGAUCUGUUUGCGGCUCCCUAUGCUCAGGCUCUGAGCAGCCAGCCUUCUCCAGGGCCCACCCCGCUGUCUGAAGGGGCCAGACCAGGAAUGAGGCCCUUCCCCUGCAAGGCCCCAGAGGAGCAGCCAACCGCCUCUGCGGAGCAGCCCUCAGCACCUGAGGUGCAAGGGGAAGACAAGAACAGCCAUGGCCCCUAA